ACGUAGAAUACGUCAGUCCACUACGUACUACGGAACACAGAGAGCUAACAGUUGUCUUGCUGCGAGAAAAUCAUCAUUACGACAAAAAAAAACUAAGGGAGAAACCCACGUAGAAUACGUCAGUCCACUGAAACGUCUGUAAUAGCAAAGAAAGAUAAUGCAAAUGGUAGAUUUGUGAUACAAUAUCGUGAAUAACUAGCUAUAGUUUAUGAGCUCGGAAUAACUACGAUAUCAUUAAUGGGUUCCUAUGGGAAAUUGGAUCACAUCAUUAGGAUUAACAGAGGUUAUUGAGGGAUUAACAUGCUGCAUAUCAUCCAUAUUUAACCUCGUGUGUUCCUCGUGUAUCAUCAAGCAUUCUCGAUUUCUGUUUUCGAUAUAUCUUUGUCUGGGAACCGUCUUAAGUUUCCUAGCUGUCAGUCCGAACAUGCGCAGCACUCUGGAUAAAAUACCUUACUUCUGUACAGCGGUAACCACGAAAGAAAUGUGCGACAAUUUGGUCGGUUAUCGGUCGGUUUAUCGUAUUUGUCUAUCGUUGGCAAUGUUUUAUGCACUUUUUGGAGUGUUUAUGUUGAACACGAAGUCCAAGAAUGAUUUUCGUCUAAAAUUUCACGACGGAUUCUGGUUAUUAAAACUAUUGCUAUUGGUUGGAAUAUUCGUCGCAUUAUUUCAUAUACCACAACUAGCUGAGUUCGGAAUUUUACUCAUGUACGUGGGUCUUGUUGCUGGAUUUGUGUUUAUUUUGUUGCAAAUCCUCUUGGUCAUUGACUUUGGAAACUCGUGGAGUUAUUUAGGAACGGAAGAAACAGACUCUGGUGGUAGCAAGCUUUGGUCAACAUUUCGCGCUGUCACAACAAUAUCGAUGUAUUCUAUAGCCAUCACGAUGGCUUUUUAUUAUCUUUACUUCACAGAUGUUCCAAAUCUUUCAAAGUGUCGUGGAAACACGUUUAUAAUAACCUUUAAUAUCGUCCAUUGUUCACUUGCUUCUAUUAUUUCAAUUUUACCUCGCGUCCGACAAACUUCCCGAUCGGGUCUUCUACAGUCUUCCAUAGUGACUCUUUACACAAUGUACUUAACAUGGUGUACGCUGAGCAGUGAGCCUGACGGCGCGUGCAACCCGAUGGGAGACGUUAUUUUACAAUAUAAUGAAGCAUCAGGAAUCAACGGUCAAUCGAUUUUUGAAUGCAUUUUAAUGUUUGCCCUGUUAAUUUACGCGUGUAACGUUCGCGCGAACACGUCAAAGUUGGAAAAAAUAGGAUUUUCUCUGACGAAAUAUUCGGUCGAUGAGGAAGAGACAUUUUUGGGUUACCACGAAGAAAACGGCGGCGAAAAUUUUGUCAAUGACGACAAGGUUGAGUACAAUUAUUCCUCCUUUCAUUUUGUCAUGUUUUUGGCGUCACUUCAACUCAUGAUGAUAGUGACGAAUUGGCACAGUCCUGACGAACAAGCAGACUUGAAAAAACUAGUGAAAAAUUGGGCGACGGUUUGGAUUCAACUAUCAUCUAGUUUUAUAUGUGUCCUUUUCUAUAUAUGGGCAACCGUUUCACCUUUAAUUCUAAGAACUUGGGGAGCAUGCCUAGGACUGGACUACGAAGCAGUUCCGACUGUAGACGAGUACGAACUACUAGAAAGACUUCCAAAAAGGCAAAAAAACAAAACAGGGAAAGGUUAUGGCACUUCCCAUGGAGAAAUGGAAAGUUUUGGUGCAAAGAUCAAUAAUGACGAAAAGUUUACAGUGAGAAAAACACGGGAAACUUUUGAGGUUUUCGAGAAAAAUAAUCACUGCCAAACGAUAAAUAAAUCCGAAAGCAAAUCAAGUAACCAAAUAAACCUUUCUAAAAAUAACAUGGCUCAAGUCGAUGAUUAUGUCACAAAGGACAGUGGUAUGGGCGAUGAAACAAAUUUUACAACCAUAUCAAGUAGUCGUGAUUAUUCAAAAUCAUCGAAUCAUUCUCAAGGUACCAAAGAACCAGAGAAACAACAUGAGGAAAGACAGCAACUUGACACGGAUAAGGUUAUGAUCGAGGAGAAAUAUUACAAGAGUGAAAAUCUUAUAAAUACCGACUUAGAAGAAGAAGACCAAAAUCUGCUAUGGUAUUUACCAAUAUAGACGAUAGUAAUAGUAGUCAUGAAAGGAACAAAACGUACCUUCAAAUGAGAGCAAUGAGCUGCGAGCCUCCACAAAUAUGGCGAAAAGAUUUUGCGUCAAAUAGAUUUCACCACGAGAAGAAAGACACUUGGCACCAACCCUACAAAAGGUUGCAUAAUAAUGAGUUUCAUUCAAACUCAGCUUUUGAUAAUAAACACAACAAAAAGAAAAAUCAUGUCAAUGGUGCAAAUGUGUCAAAAACGCAUGAAUUUUUGGCGACUCGAGAAAUCAAUGCACGCACAAAAACUGAAGAAAGUAGCGAUUUUG